GGGCCUCGCUGAGGACCCCGGGCCGGGCGCCGCCGGCAGUUAGUCUACCCUUUCCCUCCGCCGCCUCCUUUCAACCUUGUCCGCCGCUUGGCGCGGUCUCUGGUGCGGCGGCCGCGGCUCGGGUGCCUGCCGCAGCUCUCUCCCCUCUUUCCCUCCCCACCAGAUCCCGGAGUUCUCCCGCCAUGGCUUUACUCACUGCAGCCGCCCGGCUCUUGGGAUCCAAGAAUGCAUCCUGUCUUGUUCUUGCUGCUCGGCAUGCUAGUGCUUCUACGAAUUUGAAAGAUGUACUGGCCAACCUGAUACCUAAAGAGCAAGCCAGAAUUAAGUCCUUCAGGCAGCAACAUGGCAAGACGGUGGUGGGCCAAAUUACUGUGGACAUGAUGUAUGGUGGCAUGAGAGGCAUGAAGGGACUGAUAUAUGAAACAUCAGUUCUUGAUCCUGAUGAGGGCAUCCGUUUCCGAGGUCAUAGUAUCCCAGAAUGCCAGAAACUGCUGCCCAAGGCAAAGGGUGGGGAAGAACCCCUGCCUGAAGGCUUAUUUUGGCUGCUGGUAACUGGACAGAUCCCAACAGAGCAACAGGUAUCUUGGCUCUCACAAGAAUGGGCAAAGAGGGCUGCUCUGCCUUCUCAUGUGGUCACCAUGCUGGACAACUUUCCUACCAAUCUACAUCCAAUGUCUCAAUUCAGUGCAGCCAUUACAGCCCUCAACAGUGAAAGUAACUUUGCCCGGGCAUAUGCAGAGGGUAUCAACCGAACCAAGUACUGGGAGUUGAUUUAUGAAGACUGUAUGGAUCUGAUUGCAAAGCUACCCUGUAUUGCAGCAAAGAUCUACCGGAAUCUUUACCGAGAGGGCGGCAGUAUUGGGGCCAUUGAUUCUAAGCUGGACUGGUCCCACAAUUUCACCAACAUGUUAGGCUAUACUGAUGCCCAGUUCACUGAGCUCAUGCGUUUGUACCUCACCAUCCACAGCGACCAUGAGGGUGGCAAUGUAAGUGCCCAUACUAGCCACUUGGUGGGCAGUGCCCUUUCAGACCCUUAUCUGUCCUUUGCAGCAGCAAUGAAUGGGCUGGCAGGGCCUCUACAUGGAUUGGCAAAUCAGGAGGUGCUUGUCUGGCUAACACAACUACAGAAGGAAGUUGGCAAAGAUGUGUCAGAUGAGAAGUUACGAGACUACAUCUGGAACACACUUAACUCAGGACGGGUCGUUCCAGGUUAUGGUCAUGCAGUUCUAAGGAAGACUGAUCCACGAUAUUCCUGUCAACAAGAGUUUGCUCUGAAACACCUGCCUAAUGACCCCAUGUUUAAGCUGGUUGCUCAACUGUACAAGAUCGUGCCCAAUAUCCUCUUGGAGCAGGGCAAGGCCAAGAAUCCUUGGCCCAAUGUAGAUGCUCACAGUGGCGUGCUGCUCCAGUACUAUGGCAUGACAGAGAUGAAUUACUACACAGUCCUGUUUGGGGUGUCACGGGCACUGGGUGUGCUGGCCCAGCUCAUCUGGAGCCGAGCUCUAGGCUUCCCUCUAGAAAGGCCCAAGUCCAUGAGCACGGAUGGUCUGAUGAAGUUUGUGGACUCUAAGUCAGGGUAAAAGUGGAGGUUGGGGGAAAACUACAAGAAAAUGAGGAAGCUUAAAAAUAAAGUACACUUUUGCUUCAGGGGGCCUAAGACUUGAAGAUUAAAUUGUAUCUGAGGCACUGAAAAUGUUUGAAGUUAAAAUAU